UACACACGAAACUACACGCAAGACACGCUGCGCGCGUAUGCAAGUCAGCGAUGGUUGAACGAGCGAAGUGCUGCUCAAGGCCGGCCGUGCUACGCCGAUGCAGAGUGAUAUCGUGCCUGGCCAUCCCUGCCUUUGGGGGCGCAUUGACAACGAGUCCAAAUCAAGGGCUGGAUGUCGCUAUUGUUGGAGGUGGAAUCGCUGGGUUAGCGAGCGCGGUGUCUCUUCGCGCCAUAGGAGGCGUGCGGAAAGUUCGGGUUUUCGAGAGGGGCGAGGGUUUUGGCGAGUACGGAGGUUUCGGACUGGCUCUUUGGCCCAAUGGCCUACGCGCGCUGCGACAUAUGGACACAUCGCUGCAUGACGAGGUGGUGAGAUCUGGAAGCGUGAUCGGGGAGCGGAUGUUCACAACGGCCGAGUCCACGAGCAUCGACUACUGCAGGGAGAGGGAGGCGUUCGGGCACCCUAUGCUCUGCCUUCGCCUCCUAAGCCUUCACAACGCGCUCCGCCGGACUGCCCUGCGCCUGGGCUGCGAUAUCCUGUCCGGUAUGUCCUGCGAGAAGGUCUAUCCGUCCCUGGGGGAGGAUGGGAAGAAGCGGGCGGCGUUGCUCAUGGCCGUGGGGCAGGGACUGGAGGAGGAGGAAGAGGAGGAGGAGGUAGUAUUGGCCGACUUUGUCAUCGGUGCUGAUGGUUUGAACAGCGUCGUUCGAGCGCGCCUUGGGGACGACUCGAAGCCGCGCGACACGCACUGCGUGUGGUUUUUCGGGAUCGUGGGGCACGCGGCAUGCCCGAUACUGCUGCGGAGCCGAGUGCACACGUUUUUUCUCAGCGACCCGACCAAGGCGGCAAGCUUGAUGCCGUGUGGCGACCACAACACCUACUGGGCGGUGGCGCUCACGGGUGACAAUAUCAAGGAGGCUAUGGCGUUGAGGGGUGAUGACCAGGAGAUGAAACGCUUCCUGAAGGCUCAAUUUGGAGAGUGCAACGCGCUGGUGAAACUCAUCGAAGCAACACCCCCACAUCAGGUCCAUCGGCGACGUAUCGAGGAUCGUCCAGCGACGAAGUCGUUCGUGUCCGGCGCCGGUCCAGAUGAGUUCUAUUCCGCCCUUGUCGGCGACGCAGCACACCCGACGCGGCCGUCUCUGGGUCAGGGAGCCAACAUGGCGCUCGAGGAUGCGGUGCAGCUGGCCUUGGUGCUGCGGGAGACGACGUCGAUAGAAGACGCUCUGAGACAGUACGAUUCCGCGCGGGUACUCCGCUGCGCCAAGCUCCAGGGAGACUCCGACUUCGUGGCAGAGCAAGCCCUGAAGCUCGGCGAAGAUGAUUGGCCCGCCCACGGGGGUGACGGGCAGGCGAGCCGGAACAGGCCCGCCAAUAAGGGCAUGGGCGAUGCCGAGUUUGUCUAUAACUGGGAACCGUUGAAAUUGCACCAUUUCCCUUGGCAACCGAAGUAGAACCCGUGUGGUGCUCCUUGUAUUGUAUGGUUCAAGAUAUACGAUAGUUAAAGCGAGGUGUGUUGUUGUGUGUUGCGCGGUUGUAGCUUUGAAGGCCGGUUCUUAUUGUAGGGUGCCCAUGGGAUUGUUGUUAGAUAAGCCGUCCUUGAGCAGUGCGUGACACGUGAGCGGUGCCCCUGUUUCCUGUAUAUUUUUUCGUUGUCACAACGAAUGCAAUGAGGAGAGGUUAGGAAGAGGUCGUAGAUGAACUCUGGUUUGUAAGUACUCCUCUCUGUGAGAGGCGUGAGUAGAUGGUGUAACGGGCGGUGUGAGCGUUUCCGGCGAGAGAGACUAGAAAUACACGUGGAUAUGUGAUUGUGUGCGCCCAAGGGAAGCAACAGAGACGGUCCUUCCUGUCUGUGCAUGUUGUUUGUUGGGCAGAGUCCCCUUUGCGAUGGUGAUUGCGGCAAGUGUCUUGGUCUGUUUUGAUUAUGCGCCGGGGAUGCUGCGAAUGACGUUCGUGUUGUGGUGUUACAACCAGGUGGAUCUCGCUGUUUGGAUACAGCCAUGAUCUGUCUUUGAGACAACUUGAUAAAUUAAUAAACUUGUCAGCGACGUUCC